GUAUGACUGUGUAUAAACCACUGCAGCUCGACACGUUGGGCGGGAGGCGGAGCAGAGGACGAAUCAUUGACGAACGUUAUUAUUAAAGUGUCCCAGUAGACCGGGGCCGCCUGUCUGCCGAACCGAUUCGGCCAUGCGCGCGCUCCUUAACGGUUGGAUAAACGAAGCUUUGCGGAGAUUUAUUAACCACUGCGGAUGAGACUCGGAUCUUUUGGGCUUCGUGUAGGAUAAUAUUGGAUUGUCAUGCCGCUUUUUCUUUCUGUUCUUCCAUAGGGGAAUGAGUAAUCGCUAACGUUAUGUGCUCAUUGAAGGAGGCGGGUAUCUCGCAGACAUCCGGAAUCCAUCGCGGAAUCCCACAGCUGUAUCAUCCCGAAUGAGAGUCGAAGCGGCCCGCAUUGUUAUGUGAUGGCCGCGCGGCUUUUUCGCCAUCCUCGUUGGAUUUCUGUAUGAUGAGACAAUCUAAUAUUUCGUGUCUUUAUUGAUACGCGUUUUCCAAAAACAUGGCUGAUCAGAGCAACAUCCAGUCAUCCGCCUCCAAAAGCAUCAGGCCGUUCAAAUCCAGCGAGGAGUACCUGUAUGCCAUGAAAGAGGAUUUGGCGGAAUGGCUGAACACGCUCUACGACCUCGACAUCACGGUGGACACUUUUAUGGAGGGUCUGGAGACCGGCUGCGCGCUCUGCCGGCACGCCAACAACGUGAACCGGCGCGCCCAUGAAUUCAAGGAGAAGUAUCCAGACGCGGCGCUCUCGCUGCGGAUUCCCAGCAAGGAUGUGGGCUUCCAGUCCAGGAAUGUCAUACCCGGAUCUUUUUUGGCCAGGGACAACGUGUCCAACUUUAUCGCCUGGUGCAGGCAGGAGCUCUGGAUUAAAGAUGUGCUCAUGUUCGAGACCAACGACCUGGUGGAGAGGUGCAACGAGAAGAACUUCGUACUGUGUCUGCUGGAGGUGGCCCGCCGGGGCGCCAAAUUUGGCAUGUUGGCACCCAUGUUGAUUCAACUGGAAGAGGAGAUCGAAGAAGAGAUACGGGACCAGGAGAACCUGACAGAGUCGUUGGGGGAGUCGAGCCCGCCGAACAGGACGUUUGGUCGGAAGGAGAGCAUUGGUGAGCCCGAUCCGGAGCUGGUGGCCCGCUGGCAGCAGCAGCAAAAGAGGGUCCUUCUGGAUAUGCGCAACUUGGAUGAGCUGGUGCGGGAGAUUCUGGGUCAGUGCUCCUGUCCAUCACAGUUCCCCAUGACCAAAGUCUCCGAAGGAAAGUACAAAGUGGGCGACUCCAGUGCGCUUAUCUUUAUCAGGGUGUUAAGGACUCAUGUGAUGGUACGUGUGGGUGGAGGUUGGGACACGCUUGAACAUUACCUCGACAAACACGAUCCAUGCCGCUGCUCCGCGUUCGCCCACCGGUAUCAGCAGGCUAAAGCGAGCGGCCAGGGUCCUCACAGCAAGAGCUCCAGUGCUCACUCCUCACGCUCCACAAGCCCUGGACCUCACUGGCGCAAUGAGGGCAUAGGGCCCUACAAAACCCCUGACAGACGGUCCUUGGACCCCGCUCCGGGAACCACAGCACACUCGUCUCCCUCACGGCCUGGCAGGUCGCAUCAUGCAGCCAUGCCUGUGGAGAUGGACACAGGGAGACCCACAACGCUGCAGCCUCGUCCACCACGAGACAGAUCAGAAUCACGUCACUUUAAUCCUCUCAGGAACAAGGACUCUUUUCUUCCGUUGACCCGCAGGCUUUCAGGAGACAGUGACUCCUCCACAGCCUCCUCCAAAGGUGGAGGAGGAAGCACGGGAGGAGGUCGCUUUUCUCUGGGUGCACGGCAGGGUCAUAAAGAGGAUGUGGUGCUGUUGGUGAAUCGUAAGGAAGGGAAGCAUGUUAUUGAGCGUCCUGCAGCCGGGACACAGAUUGCGGCUGUGAGAAAUGCUCACGCUCGCACCCGUAGCGCUUCCAGAGAACGCUCUGCAGCUCAGUCCACCUCUAUACUGAAACCUAGUCCACCUCAAGCCAUAGCAGAGGUACAUCGUACACCCCGCACCGAAAGGGGUAGAUCCCUGGGACCUGAAGGUCCACGUAGGUUCCAGGCUCCACGGUCCCUCAGCCAGGGCAAGACACCUAGAGGACGACUGAGUGAGCCCAGUCCUGGAUCGUCACCUCGUCACUCAUCGACCAUGGAUCGGAGAGAGGCACAGAGCCCUAAGCACGCACCCCCAACAUCUUUAAGAAUGAGUGGAAGUUUGCCCAGAAGACAGGCAUCGGGGUCUGCUUCUAACUCACCUGUGAAAGGCAGCGUAAUUGAUAGUCCUGGAAAGAAGGUAACGCCAAAACCCCCUGCUCCUCGGUCACCUCCCUCUGGAAGUCGCAAAACGCUUCCUCCAGUGUCGCAGGCAGGGUGCCGCUCUCCACAUUCUUCUCCACGAUCAAAUCAUCACCAUUCACCACGUUCCUCUCGGGUCCCACACAAUCCACGAUCCAGAGAACAAAAAGGGUUGGUAAAUCCCCAUCACCAACAGCAGGAUAGCCAGGGGGACACGAGUAUUUUUAGUUUACACCUGCUGCCAAGUCUGGACCCUCAACGGGAGCAAGACCUGUAUCGCAGCUUUGAGGCUGAGUUUCUGGCUAACACGCAACAAUCCAAGGCUGGGCCAAGCAAAUCAUCCAGCACUGGAAGGGAUAUAGGGUCCGUUCAGCUUCCAGUCGCCCAACAGGGUUUAGGGUCACUUCCAAUAUCUACAGGCGAUGCGAAUGUUACGGACUCAGCCUAUUCUUCCUCCAACUCUUCAACCUCUUCUCUUAAUGUCGGAGGAAAGGUAGGAGUUCUCCCUGAUUUACGCGAGUCAAAACGGACUAACCCUCGUGCCUGUGCGCUCGAGGACCCUCCCACCCUUCUUCAUAGCCAGAUUCGUGGUGGCUUCCCCAAUGGGGGUCUGCAGGAGGGAGAAAGAUGGACUGGUAGAGGUCUCCGUAAGCUCCCUGCCAUCUCCAGCUCCACAGAGGAUGGAGAACUCCCGCAGGCCAUUUCUCAAUCUGUCUGCCUACCUAAAGAUCUCAAUCUGGCAGAGGUACCGAUGGACAGCCAGCAAGACCCGGUGGACUGGCCUGAUUUGGGAGGAGACGUCCCUCAACCCGAACUUCAUCCUGACCUACCAUACGACAGCGCAGACCCAAAUGCUGAGUCUUUUCCCUCCCCUCCACCACCUCCAGAUGACUGUUCCUACCAGGAUUCCUCCAGUGAGAGCUCCUCCAUGUGCUUCAGUCUAAGUGAACCUGCAUCCGAGGGUUCUUGCACUCCUCCUCUACCAUUGCCCAAUGGAGAUGCAGAUGGUACAGUGGUCCUCCGGGCCAAAAGGGGUCAAACGAGGGCGGAAAGGGUGCCCUCUAUCUACAAGCUCAAGCUGCGGCCACGAAUAAGACCGCGGACUGACAACAGACCCGAGAACAGCCCGUCACGCAUCCCUACCCCUGUACAUUACAAAAAUCAUUAUCAGCAGUCUCCUGCCAACUCAUCUCCCCUACAGACCCCACCACAAUCCCCACGUUCAAACGGUCAUCAUCAACCUUCACACAAAGCUCUGCAUCAAGCCUUUGCAGACCUCAUUCAGCCUCAGCAGCGAUCUCCAGCCAUGGGAUCUAGAGAGCGUGCUUAUUCUUCAGAGUCCAGCCUGGACACAGAGGCCUGGAUGUAAUAAAGCAUGAAGUCGUACUUCUCUCAAUAUUUACAGCUUUAAAAAGUGUUUGAAAAAACACAUUCAUAAUGACUAGAACGCACAUCUGAUUGUGGUUAACAUGUAGCAGGAUGCUGGAAUCUUAACAGUCAUUUCACUGGAGUUUGUCCAUAAAGUGGUUAUGAACAUUAUUUACACCAAUUUUGUCCACAAUAUAGCCUACUGUCAAUCACAGAGCAACACACAUCACCUGAGAUGCGUUUCAUUCAUCAAGUUAUCAUUUUUUAUUUUUAAGAAAGCAAAUCUAUCGACAGCAUUUCCUAUCUUUUGGAGGUUUUAGCUUAUAGGUUUUAUUCAAGGCAGUGUUAUACUGCAGUUCUGGGCUGUGAGGUCACAAGUUUCCUGAAUUUCCUGAACAGGAAAUGGUUUAAUGUGUACAAAUCAAAGUGUUUUUAUUCAGGGAGUUUAUAAUUUACAAAUUAUCUUAUAUAAUUGGUGUUUUAAGUUAAAAAUAAGAAUUGUAAAAUCACUACAGCAAACAAGAUAGAGUGUUAGAAAUGUGUUAAUAUACUUUUACGUACAUCUGCUAGCAACAUGCAGCAUCUAACUGACUUUUGACCUUACCUCCAUGUGCGAUCUAAAUUGCAAGACAGUUAACUGCUUUUAUUUAGCCAAUGCUAAAUAAGACAUUAUAUCAACACCUCGUUGCUCUGUUGUUUCUUUUGUUUUAGGAAAAAAUCGUAUGAAAGGACAUAGAAAAUUCCCGAUUUACACAUGUGUUAAUUUUUGUGUAUGUUCUGUACAAACUUAAAUGGUCAUGUAUAGGUUUAUAUGUAAUAUAUGAUUGAUUUGAUAUGUUUGCAUUAAAUAUGUGUUAUGUACAUAUGAUAAUAAUAAUAAUAAUUCAUUGAAUUUAAGGUACAUUUGUGUUGUUUAUCCAAGUGUGAUAAUUUUGCCUUAGCUAUGCAAUGUUGCUAUUGAUUGUUGCCUUGACAAAUCUUCUUUCGCCUUAAAGAAAGGAUGAGAAGUUGUGUUUGAGAUGGAGGGAUCAUGUGUGUAUGGAGGUAUGUUGUUGUGUGUAUGAGAUGUUGAUGUUGGACCCUCUCUUAUAGUUCUGAUAGAUAGUUAAGGUAACAACAGCAACAGGAUCUUUAUCAGCAUUUUUCUGUUUAAGAUCUUAAAUGAAUCAAAAUGAUUUUUAAAAUGUAUGUGGAGGUGAAAAAUGAAGGAUUUCUUGUUUAACGAUUGCUCAUAUCGAUAGGGGGUGGAAUCACUACAAACUGUGUACAGCGAUGUAAAUCAUUCAGAAUAAGCCUGAGUCACUUUUAUUGUAAAUUCCAAACCAAUGACUUUCUGUUUCGUUAUCUUUAGAAAUUAUUUCUCUUAUAAUAGCUCUAUGGCACCACCAAGUGGUUAAAGUAAUUCUACACAUUACAACACAGCUGUGCAUGUGCAGUUUGCAUUAAGUGAGCCCAAAUCUUGGACUGUUAUUUGAAUGUUACUGGGGAUGAUUUGAGAGGACAGUAUAAUGUAGACUUGAGUGAGGGAUUAUAUGAACUGUUUGUUUUAAAUCCUGUUUAGAUUUAAACUAAUUACACUACAACCGGUUUGGCAAUUGACUGUGUUAAUUUAUAUAAAAUGAGUUGUGAAGCGUUUUAUAAAAAGAUGAUGUUUCUGAAUAAAUGAAUGAACUGUUGACUUUUGGUAAGUUCUCUUUAAAGGCUUUAUACUGCUGUGUAUUUAUGGGUGCAAGUGUUUUAUUGAAAGAUGUUCUGAUGUUUGGUCCUUCGAUUAAUUGAAAAGGUAUUUGAGGGCAGAAAAAGAAAUGUUUUUCAGUGUUUGCCUAAAGACUGCAACUAUAGGAUUAUUACUGUUAGAAUGACCUUUGACACUAUAAAACUGCAAUACAGUGCACUGCACAUGGCUUCUGCUGGCACUUUAAGACAUUGUUAAGUUUCACAUCGUGGAGCUUCUGCAGUCUUUCAGAUUAUAUUAACGGAUGCUGUGCCUAUUUUACAUUGUCUGGCAAACCCAUAUGUACACUACAUUCAGUAAUCUUUCCAGUAUCUAAUCAUUGAGCGCCAUAUGCGUGUACAGUUGACUCAUUUUGAUCAUCACUUGUGUUCUUUUUGUUGGUUUGGGUUUGUAAUCAAAUGUACAAGUUUUAAAAUAAUUUAUUGCAUGAAUGCUUUAUCUUUAUUCUUUCCUGACAUCAGAAAACCAAGCAUGUAGAUUCACGUGCUUUUUUUACUUGAGCAAACAUUCUGAUUGGCAUUGUGCUCAGAUGUGAUCUACUAAAAUGCAUGUUGAAUCUAUAUAUCAUCAUGAUCUGGUUUUGGUAGAUGAAAAAGCUGUUGGUUGAUUUAAUUUGAAUGUUUAUGAAAACACUUUCAUUUUUACUAUUUGCAUUUUUUUGCCUGAAUAUUUCUAUUUGUUUGAUGUUGACAAUGAACUGUAAGGUCUUGACAUUGUGGAAUUUGUUGUGUUGAAUAGCAAUAUUGCAAGACCAACAUUCCACUGUUCCCUGAAAACCAAUUGCUGUUAAUUUAAUUCUUGUAAUAAAAAUGUUUUGGAUGA